AAAAUUCAAAUGAAGGAAUGCAACGAUAUAAAGUUGGGAGAACAAAAUCGAACUCCGACAGAUGAUUUGCUUAUAAAAGGAUGAGAUAAUAAUUAAGAAAUGAAAUUUGGCAAGAGGGCUUAUGCAGAAUUUGAAAUUUGGCGGAGCUUAUGUAAGAGGCAUUGAUUGUAUUAAAUUUGGUGGUUAAAGACAGGUUAAAGAGGUGGUGGGAAGAUAAAUGAAGUUAACUUUCUUAUCUCGAGAGAGUCUGGCUUAAUGAAAAUUUUACCUUUGAAAUUGGAAUUUCAUCGGAUGAUAUUUUUGAGUUAAUUGAAGACACAGACUGUCCAAAAAAAUUUUUCGACAAACUCCGCAUAUGCCAAGAAAAGCUAAUGAACAGAUACAAGAACGAAAAUGCUUAUAUGACUUCUUUGGAGUGAAGACAACGACUUUCCAAUAAGAGAAGGCUUUGUGGAUGUCAAACUCCAUAAAACCGACAUGUUUGGAAGAAAAACAGGAGAAAUCAUUCAAAUUAAAGAUAUCUUUGCGAAGGAGUCUAAAUUGCAUCGCACAGUCCUCAUCACAGGAGAACCGGGAUAUGGGAAAACAACCAUUUGUAAGAAAAUCGCCUACGAUUGGGGAAUGGAUGAAGAGAGUCGCAGUUACUUGAAGUCGUUUGAUAUUUUAAUUUUUAUACAAUUAAGCGAAUUAGGAGAAAAAAGUAUAAUUGACGCUGUUAUUGAAUGCAUUGACGACAAAGCAAACAGACAAUUUGCAAAGAAACUCAGAGAAACUGAGUGGAAUUUUUUGAUCAUUUUAGAUGGAUUUAACGAAACUCGCGAUAAAGAUUGCGUAAAACAAUUUAUAAGUAACGAUUCAUUCGAAAUUUCUGUCCAAAUGACAAUAAUAGUUACCAGCCGUCCACACGUUUCGGAUGAAAUUAGAAAACUUAUCGAAUAUCGAUGUUACAUCGAAGGAUUCACUCCAGAACAAAAGGAAAAAUACAUCGAUUUCAUUGUUAGAGACGAAGACAAAUGCGAAUAUCACAAAAAUAUUAUUAAAAACAAUCGUUUCUGUUUCGAAUUAGCGAAAUGUCCUUUUAUGCUGUACAUGUUAUGCUGUCUUCCUAAAAGUAAAUCAGACAGAUACGUAAUGACAAAUGCCGAUGUGUUUAUGUUAAUUUUCCGUCUUAUUAUAGAAAAGUAUAAGAAAAAGGAAAAUGGAAUCCAUAACCUAAAAAGAGGAAAAUAUUUUGACGGAGAAGAUUUAAUUAUUAAGCUGGGAAAAGUUUAUUACGUAAAGGAAUUUCUUGAUUCUACAAAGGAUAACGGUUUAGAAACAAGAAAAGUCAAAGAGAAAGAUUUGCAUAAGGCUUUCAGUAAAGAGGAAUGCCAAUUUUUCCUUGAUCUCUACAUUUUUGUAAAACGUACAGCUAAGGAUAAUGGAGAAUAUUUCGACUUUAUUCAUCGAUUAUUUACCGAAUUUAUUAUGGCAUUUUACAUUUUCGAUUCGAUCGAUGUAGUUACUUUACCAGAGGUUGACGGUAUUUUAUUCUUUAUUCUCGGUUUGUUUAGAGAUAAUCCAUUUGCAGGCAACUUUAUUAAUUUUCUACGAAGAAUCUUCCUGCAUCCCGUAACAUGGCUGAAUUUUUACAACGAAAUCAAAAACGAAAGAAAUAAACAACUGUUUUGCGCAGAAACAAAAUUAGUUUUUUAUUUCGAUUGUUUAGACGAGUUCUUGAAAUUAUCAAAUAUUUGUAAAUUCAAUAGAAUUUAUUUCUGCAUUCCGGAUCGUAUUGAUGACUGGGAAAAUAUUAAAAAAGAAUUAAUUAAAUUCCACAGUAAUCUGAAUUAUUCGCACGAUUUUCAGAUAUGUGUAUUGCUUGACAGAAGAUUUUCUGACGAUCCUGCCACAUCGAGUAGUCCUGUUACAUAUAUCGAUCUGUAUGAAUCUGUGAAAUUCUUAAAUUAUUUAUUUGAGAGCUACAGUUGGGAUAAAUUCAAAUUUUAUUUUUAUGGCAUUGUUUGCAAUUGUAAUACAGAAUGUUCUAUUAUAUGCGAUAGAAAUAUUGAUAGUUUUAGAAAAAUUGAGGAAGAUGCGACGGAAGAAAUUAAAAAAGAGUUUAAUAAUCGAGGUGAGAAACCUGUUGUUUUAUGCAACGAGGGCGAAUCUGGUGACGAUCGAAGAUACUUGAUGUCUGAAAACCAAUAUAAUUCUUUAUUGCCAUACUUUAUGAAACAUCCUCUUCGUGGAGGUUUUUUUCCUGUUAUGGAUAAUUUUUGUAUGGAAUCAAGUCCAUAUAAAAAGUAUGGACUUCAUUUGAUACAAAAAGUAAUAACAAAAAGUAUGAAACUAAAAGCUCGUGUAAAAAGUUAUUUACACAAAUAAACAUAAAAUACUUUUUCAGGAUUGUUGGUUUGAAAUCUGUAAAUGUAAUAUAUU